UACAGCGACAGUUCACGUGUAUACACUGAUACAAUUUCUCGAAAAUAUCUUACAAAUCUGAAGUUCAGAAGCUGUAAUAAUUAAGAUGCAAACACGAGAGUUUUUCGUUUCUGCCCCAGGGAAAGUCAUUCUCCACGGUGAGCAUUCUGUCGUGCAUGGAAAGGUGGCUUUGGCUGUGAGUUUGAACCUGCGCACGUUCCUGCGGCUGCAGUCCACAUCAUCCGGUGAAGUGCACAUCAACCUCCCCAAUAUUGACACUUUUCUGUCCUGGGAAAUAACUGCACUGCAGCCUCUUCUGGCAGGGUGUAAAGCAGAGCAGGGUGGCGUGAAGGAACUUGAUGCAGAUCUGUUGAAGAGACUACGUGAAUUCACAGGGAUUUCAGAGGAUUCCACAGACACAAGAAGCAUGGCAGUGUUGGCCUUCCUCUAUAUGUACCUGUCUGUUUUUGCAGAGUCUCUAGCCAGUAUCACGGUGUCCGUGUGGUCAGAGUUGCCCACAGGAGCUGGUUUAGGCUCCAGUGCUGCCUAUAAUGUUUGCCUGUCUGCCGCUCUGCUGUCUGCUAGAGGAAACAUAUCAUAUCCUCUUACACCACAGCAGGAGUCAGCCAGGUGGAGUAAAGAGGAGAUGGAGCUGAUUAACAGGUGGGCGUUCAUGGGUGAGAAGAUCAUCCACGGUAACCCUUCAGUGGUGGACAAUGCUGUGGGCACAUGGGGUGGCUUUUUAAGAUACCAUGCUGGGAAUAUAACUCCACUAAGCUGGGUCCCCAUUCUGAGAAUCCUUCUCACUAACACCAAAGUACCACGUAGCACCAAAGUGCUUGUUUCUGGAGUGAAGGACAAAAUUAACAAGUUUCCCUCCGUAAUGAAGCCAGUUCUGGAGUCCGUCAGCGCUGUGUCCUGCGCCUGUGAACAGACUCUCACAGAGAUGGCCGCGCAUGGACCUUCAGCUGAGCUCUACAACAUACUGGAGGAGCUGAUUGAUAUAAACCAGCACCAUCUGAACGUGAUGGGUGUGGGUCACUCGUCUCUGGACACACUGUGUAGGGUCACUCUGGCCAGAGGCCUGCAUAGCAAACUGACUGGGGCAGGAGGAGGAGGCUGUGGAAUCACUCUCAUAUGACCAGAUAAACCGAUACUUCAGUGAUUCAGAGCACCGUUGAGGAGCUGAAGGCCUGUGGCUUUGACUGCUGGGAGACCAGCAUCGGAGCUCCUGGAGUCCAGCAGCACUCUUCAGCUGCACUCAGUCAGGACAUACCGAAGAUCCUCCACAGCUACUGAAACAGAAAGCAAGCACACUGUACUGUAUGCAUCAUUGCUGCUGUUACUCUGGAUCCUGGUUUGAUAAACGUAAUUCAUAUUCACAUUGCAAUUUUUUUAUAGAAUUGGAAAAUGCUAUAAAACAUAACCUUAUCAUCUGCUGAAUUAAGAUUUUUUAAAAAUAUGUUUGUAUUAUUUCUUUCAGAGUGCAUGCAUUAUAAAGUUUUGUAUGCCAGUAGAUGGCAGCAAAGUGUAAAACAAAUUUAAUACUGUCAAUUUUUGACAGUAUGUAUGGAAUGCAAAUAAUAGAUAAUUUAAUUAAAUAUAGAUACUAACUAAAUUAAUUUAAAAAAUAGCUUUUAAUAAAUUUCAGCCUUUUCAUGAAAAGCUGUCAUGCACAACAUUAUUAUUUUCUGACCUGUCUAUGUAUUCCCAGCAAAUGCAGUAUGAUCAUCUCAUUUGUCAAAAAUGUUUCUCAACACGGAUCACAUUUCCGACCAGAACUAGCACAGCUUGGAGCAUUUUGGACUGAGUACAGCCGUUGUAUUAUUGUCACUAAACCCAAAGUAAUUACUUUUCAGUUCUUUGCACUUUGUCAGAAUAUUUUGCACCGGAACAGUUUUGAAGCCAAGGAGGGGAUGCUGGGACGCAUUUGGCUGUCGACCAGACGCGGUCCAAGUUGAUCUGUGAAGCGCGGUGAUGAAAUAAACGCUCUGCACUUAGAGCGGAGCACAUUUCCCCACAGUCCCAGGAGAGGGGUGUAAUUUUAGUGGUGUUUUGUGAGGAACAGAUAAAGAGGGCUAUCUUCAGCACACAAGACCUGGAGCUAGAGAAUAGGAAAUGGAUUUGCACUGAGAUGAAUAUGUUCCUGUAAACCAAAGGCCGGCAGAAGUACAGAGCCCCUUAUGCUUGAACAAGUCAACUUUGAGAAGACCUAGGGAGGCCAGAGACACAUUUAAAAGAGAGUGUUGUUGGUUUUGUAAAUGUGAAGCUCUCGGUGUACUUAAUUAAGGUGCAUAACCAUCAUUUCGGAAUUAAAGGGAACAUAAUGUGCAGACCAGAUUUCCUGGCC